AGGAGAGCGGAGGAUCCGUGUGGACCACAGCUUGCUGCUGCAGCGGCUGAGUGAGGGACGGACGCACUGGCCGGGCACAGUCCCCUUCUCUCUCUCACACACACACACACACACAUACACACACAUACCUCAUCCUUUUCUACAGCAUCAGCACACACUGAGUGGCGGGGGAGGAAUCGGGAGCCGGUUUGCAGCAAACAGUCUGAACCACUUCCCAAAGACAAACAGUGGCCUGGAUUAAAUCCUCACAGAUCCAGACGUCGUCACUCCAUUCACAACCUCUGAUCGAAGCAGAACAACAACAACAACAACAAAAAAAAAAGGUGUAUUGUGACUCACCUAACCAUGGACAGGCACAGAAAGUGGGUGCAAAGCUUCGGAGCUGUGCUAUUGGUGCUCUUGUGUCACAUGACCUUAGCACUGGAGGUGCCACUGGAUCCUAAAGUUCUGGAAGGAUUGCCCCAACCCCCCACUAUCACGCUACAGUCCCCGAAGGAUUACAUCUUUGAUCCGCGGGAGAACAUUGUGAUCCACUGUGAGGCAAAGGGGAAGCCUCAUCCCAGCUUCUCAUGGACAAGGAAUGGGAGCCACUUUGACGUAGAGAAAGACUCCAAAGUCCUGUUAAAGCCCGGAUCAGGAACUCUGGUCAUCGACAUCAGUGGGGAAAAGGCCGAGGCUUACGAGGGAACAUACCAGUGCACGGCACACAACGAGCACGGCACCGCUGUGUCCAACAACAUCGUCAUCAGACAGUCAAGGUCCCCCUUGUGGUCGAAGGAGAGGAAUGAGGCCAUCGUGGUGCAGAUGGGGGUUUCCCUGGUGCUGCAGUGCCGACCCCCUGCAGGGCUGCCCCCACCCGUCAUCUUCUGGAUGGAUAACAUUUUCCAGAGGUUACCGCUGGAUAAACGAGUGUCCCAGGCUCUGAACGGAGACUUGUACUUCUCCAACGUUCUCCCAGAAGACAGCAGGCCCGACUACAUCUGCUACGCCCGCUUCCCUCACACACAAACCAUCCAGCAGAAACAGCCAAUCUCAGUCACCGUGCUGAACAACAGCCCAGAGGGGGAGCGUCGCCCUGGUUUCAUGAUGCCUCAGGGUGCCACCAGCACCAAGAUGGUUCUGAGAGGGGAGACUUUGGAGCUGGAGUGCAUUGCUGAUGGCUUGCCCACUCCGGAGAUCUCCUGGCAGAAGGAUGGAGGAGAGCUGCCGAGCAGCAGGAUGUCCUUUCAGAACUUUCAGAAAACGCUCAAGAUCUCUGAUGUGACUGAAGCUGAUGGUGGCAACUACCGCUGUACUGCUGCAAACAAUCUGGGCACCGCACACCACAUCAUCAAGGUCACCGUCAAAGCGGCUCCUUUCUGGGUCAGCGCCCCCAGGAACCUGAUCCUCGCCCCGAAUGAGACUGGGAUCCUGACCUGUCGAGUCAACGGAGAACCCAAACCCAAGAUCACCUGGUUUGUCAAUGGAGUCUCCAUUGAGAACGCACCAGAGGACCACACCCGGAAGGUGGACGAUGACACCGUCAUUCUCAGUAACGUACAGUCAGGAUCCAGUGCCGUCUACCAGUGCAAUGCAUCCAAUGAGUUUGGUUACCUGAUGGCCAACGCUUUUGUCAACGUUCUUGCUGAGCCACCAAGGGUGCUCACGCCACCCAACAGAGUGUACCAGGUCAUCUCAAACAACCUUGCGUUGCUUCACUGUGCCUCCUUCGGCUCACCAAUCCCAAUCAUCACCUGGUUCAAAGACAGUCAGACCAGCAUUAAAAAUGGCGACCCUUUUGUGAUCCACGAGAAUGGCACUCUUGAGAUCCAUGUAGCUCAGCCCUUAAACAGCGGGAAGUACACCUGCAUCGCCAGCAACAACCUGGGCAGAAAGGAGAACCACGUGUACCUGGAGGUCAAAGAGCCUACCCGUAUCCUGAAGCAGCCAGAGUACAAGGUGGUGCAGAGAGGAAUGAGCGCUGCAUUCGAGUGUAAAGUCAAGCACGACCCAUCCCUCAUUCCCACCAUGACCUGGCUCAAAGACAACGGAGAGCUGCCCGAUGACGAGAGGUUUGUCGUGGACACAGACAGUCUGACCAUCAAAGAGGUGAAGGAUGGGGACGAGGGCACCUACACCUGCAUCAUGAACACCACCCUGGACAAGGACUCAGCCAGCGCCAUGCUGACUGUCGUCGAGGCUACUCCUACUCCAGCUAUUGUCUACGAGAAACCUGACCCUCCAACCGACCUGGAACUGACAGACCAGACAGAGAGGAGCGUCCAGCUCACCUGGAUCCCAGGAGAUGAACACAACAGUCCCACAGAUAAGUUUCUGAUCCAAUACGAGGAUCUUCUCCACCAGCCAGGAGUUUGGGUUAACCUCACAGAGGUUGCCGGCUCAGGCACCACGGCACGCUUAAACCUCUCUCCGUACGUCUACUACUCCUUCAGAGUCCUGGCUACCAACCGUGUCGGCUACAGCGAGCCCAGCCAGCCCUCAAGCCAAUACAGGACCAACCCUGCAGCUCCUGAUGAAAAUCCAUCAAACGUCCAGGGAGUAGGAACAGAACCUGGGAACUUAGUCAUCUCCUGGACGCCACUGACAGGAUUUCAGUCUAAUGGGCCCAGUCUGGAGUACAAAGUGCUGUGGAGACAGAGAGACGUGGAGGAUGAAUGGUCCUCAAAGAACGUAGCAAACGUUUCCCAGUUUGUCGUGACUGGAACUCCAACCUAUGUGCCGUACGAAGUCAAGGUUCAAGCUAUUAAUGAUUACGGCAGCGGUCCUGAACCUAAGGCUGUGGUUGGAUACUCUGGAGAAGACUUGCCUUUGUCAGCUCCUGAUAGCGUGCAGGUCAUGGUGCACAACAGCACUCUGGCAGAGGUUCACUGGGAGCCUGUACCUUCCCCGUCAGUCAGAGGAAAACUACAGGGGUACAAGGUUUACUACCAUCGCGAGCGCGGUUUGCACGAGACAGAAGGGGACACCGAGCAGAAAGAGGAGCAGGUUUUGACGUUCAGCGGGAAUCGUAGCGAGGGGCGUCUGCCCGGCCUCCAGCCUUACAGCGUCUGCCUCUCCAUCAGGGUCCUCAACAGCAAAGGAGAGGGGCCUCCAAGUCCCGGCAAGAAAUUUGAGACACCUGAGGGAGUUCCAGGACCUCCUUCUUUCUUUAACGUCUUAAACCCCAGUCUGGACUCGCUCACUCUAGAAUGGGGCCCACCACUGACCAACAAUGGUCGCCUUGCUGGAUACACACUGAAAUACCAACCAGUCAACAACACCAAUGAACUUGGCCCAAUCAAGGUCAUGACGCUCCUCUCCAACGAGACCACCAUCACUCUGGCCAACCUGAACUCCAGCAUGCUCUACAAGUUUUACCUGAGUGCAAAGACAAUCAAGGGCUCGGGCCCGUUCAUCACAGAGGAGGCCUUCACUGUCAUGGACACAGCUCAUACUCAGCCCACUGUAGUGGCAGGCAAAGGCCUCACAGAGCCCCCUCACCCAACCUCCCCCAUCACUCAGUCUCCGCAUCCCCCUCUUCACAAGGCGCCCCCUGUUGGCCCUGCGUUCGGCCCAGUUAACGCGUCCGUAUCGGAGGAGGGUGCGGUGAUCAGUUGGGAUUACUUUGGACACCAUAAGAAUGUUUAUGUGGAAUAUAGUGUAGAAAACAGUAAAGAGGACUGGAAAAAGGAGUUGGUAAACGGUUCACACUGGCAUAUGAUAAAAGGAUUAAAGCCAGGGACGUCUUAUAAAGUGCGCGUGGUCGCUAGAGACCCGGCUGACCCGGCGGUCCACAGCACAAACGAGGUGCUGGUCACUGUGCCAGCUGGACCCAGCAGGCAGGUCGACAUAGCCACCCAGGGAUGGUUUAUUGGACUCAUGUGUGCCAUCGCCCUCCUCAUAUUGGUCCUUCUCAUUGUGUGCUUCAUAAAGAGGAACAAAGGCGGCAAAUAUCCAGUGAAAGAGAAAGAAGACGCUCACCAAGACCCGGAGAUCCAGCCCAUGAAAGAGGACGACGGGACGUUUGGAGAGUACAGGUCUAUAGAGAGUGACACAGAGGACCACAAGCCACUGAAGGGCAGCAGGACACCGUCCAACGGGACGGUGCGCCGUGAUGAGAGCGACGACAGCCUGGUGGAUUAUGGGGAGGGCGGGGAUGGACAGUUCAACGAGGACGGCUCCUUCAUCGGCCAAUACAGCGGCAAGAAAGAAAAAGACACGCACGAAGGCAACGAGAGUUCGGAAGCCCCGUCGCCCGUCAACGCCAUGAACUCUUUUGUCUAACGUAGCGGCGGAGGGCGGCUACGCUGCGACGGUUGCUACAGCCACGCCUUGUCACCCUGGCAAAUGUGACCAUGGGGACCGCCUCUGUGGUGGCAGUUGCGAGGGUGACGGUGGAUGUGGACACCUACUUCUAACCACGGUGGCUGUCACACCCUCAUCUUCAGCCCCUCCCCCCCACUCCCCUCCCCCCCCUGUCACACUGUGAUCUCUGAUCGACACACACUCAGCACGGCAAAGACCGACAACACAUCCCCCAUGACCAUAACAAGAAGGUGUGAAACGAGGGAUGUGAGGACUCUUGAGAAGGAGAGAGGAAGCAAUACAGAAAAGCUGAAGGAAUGUACCAGAAAGAGUUUUACUAGAAGUGGGGCCGUGUGUGUGUGUGUGUGUGUGUGUUGUGUGUGUUGUGUGUGUGUGUGUGUGUGUGUGUGUGUGUGUGUGUGUGUGUGUGUGUGUGUGUGUGUGUGUGUGUGUGUGUGUGUGUGUGUGUGUGUGUGUGUGUGUGUGCCAUAUGAUCUUCUUUGCAAACAUACUCAAACGUGUAUCCAAAUAAUCCAUUUGAUCAAAUGACAGUACAUGGACCGGCAGGCAGGCGAAUAUGCAUCGAAUCACACUCAUCUGCAUGAAGAAAAAUCAUGAUUGUGUGAUGCAUUUUACCAUCCUUGUGUAAGUUGUUGCAGAGAUGAGAUGAUAGUUGAGAUUGUAUAUGAUGCACGCCUAAUAGCGUCUGGAUAUGCCUCUUUUUGUUUGCUUUUUUUUUUUUCUUCUCCCCCCUUCCCCCAGUCAAAGUGUUCGAUGGCAUUUGAUGUAUCGAGAAAAAAUGGCGGCAAGUGUCUUUGUGGACACAGCUGUGAAAAUUUGUGACGCAAAAGUAGAAGCUAGCGUUUGUCUUUUUGGGACAGAUGAACUGUUUGUACAUAUGUAAUAGAAUAAGAAGAGAUCUAUAUUUCAAGGUCAGGGAUGUCCAUUUGUAGUCUUUGGAAACCUGGCCAAAAACACUGAACUCAGCGACGGGUCACUCCUUAUAACACCAGCCAGCCAGAACUCUCACAGAAAAUCCAAUUGGCCUGUUUAUUUGUCCUUUACACAGAUCCUAAACGUCUUCUUCCGAGCACUUAAGGAACACAAAGUUGGAGGUGUGGCUGUUUCACCCCCAAAAGUUUGAGCCGCUGUGGAAGCCUUUUUUUUUUCCGCUAGUUCAUCACGGUAUAGUUAGAGUUCACCUCUACCUGGAUGUUGUCUAAAAUAGCAUUUCCACUUCUCUGCUCUGUAAUUCUGUCAGAAAAGAGAGAGAGAAAAAAACUGUUCUAUAAGUUGACGAUCGGAGAACCUCUCUGCACGGUUUCUAGUGCCUUUGUAGAGAACAGUGACUCAGAUGCAUACAGAUACAUCCCUCUUCAUAGACAGACCUUUGCUCAGUGCAGAUCAGAUAUACCAUGAAUACUGUACACACACAUACGAGGAAGAACCUCUCCAUCUUAGGCUUCAAUAAAUCUAACGGCUUUGCAAGUAUUCAAAGUUAAAUAAGUUUUAAAGGGAUGUUCAAGAAAAUAAGACAUUCUCUUGUAAGCUAUAUGCUUGAGUUUUAGCAAAACAUCUAUGUGGUCUAAUCGGCUUCAGUUAGCCUCCUUCAGUCUUUAAAUAGCUUGCAAAAAGGCACCUAACUAUUUAAAAAAAAACGGGCUUUUAAAAACGACCUUUUCACAGUUAAACUUUGGCGUUACAUGUGAGGAGUCAUUUUCAGCUAUGGAUUGUUAUAGCCUGGUUGACAAUCAUACACUCAUAAUACAGGCAUACAAACAAAACACGUUUCACCAUCACGCUAAGACUUCAAGACAUAAAUGUGUAGGAAACCUGAGGUGAGAUCUCUUCAUUUCAAACCCAUUCAUGUUGAGGAGGAGCCAAACUACUGCCAACCUGCUCCCAGGUAACUGCCAACAGGAAACACAGACUAUUAUCAGGGCGGGACUUUACUGUUACCAGUAGCACUUAGAAAAUGAAAGGGGGGGUAGGGGGGUCAUAAAUCAGCGCAAUGAUACUGAAUGUGGAAAUAAGUGUUAUCUGUUAAUGUGAAUGAAAAAAAAUAGCUUGUUUCACUGCAAAUGGUAAACACACUGGUGACUUUGGUUUAUGCAUUUAUUCUUCUGUCUGUGUAUGUUGUCAGGGCAGCACUCGGUGAGUUUUCUAUUACUGUAAAUGAUUGAAGAUUGUGUGUGAAUGUUUGGGUGCAUGUGUGUGUGUGUGCGCGUGUGUGCAGCACAUGCAUGCUACAGUCUUACAGCGUGCGUGGUGAAUACUUUGCUUUCAAUAUCCAUGGAUAACAGUCUGAUGUGUGUCCAGUAGUCCACUCCUGCUCCCAACAGGAGAUACAAGACUUUUAAUUUUAAUUUUUAUUUUCUGAAAACAUUUCCACGUCUUACUUUUAUCAUAACUUGCAUCAAGUUUUUAGGUUUUGCGAUGCGUCAGCUUUCCACGUGUAGAUAUUUUUUGUUGUAUUUUGUAAAUAACGGCUUGAAUUGAGCGUAGACGUGAGGAGGUCAGAGGUGAGAGAUCGAGCUUGAUUAACCCUGCUGCAUUAUGGGUAGAAGGGUUAAAAAAAAUAAAAUAAGGCGUUGCGUGAGAUGAGACUAUUUACAGUUUUCACACUUUAAUUUGCUGUGAAAUGUUCUCUCUUUUUUUUUUUUUUUAACUUGUCAGGUGAAUUUGCUAGCUCAAAUGUUUCGCCUAUCAGGUAUCAAAGGAGAUUAUUGAACCUGUGACUGAGCUCUUGUGACACCUGCAUUGUUUCUGUCUCUUGACAGUUUACGCACCUUUUCUGUAUUUUUUUACAAAGAGGCGCACACGUUUAAACAGGAUGCAUCAUUUCACACAUCAUGUGUCUAGUCAACGACUACACCUGGUGUUUGAAUGCAGCAUGCCGGAGAACACAAGUCGUAAACUAGACAUGAGAUAAAAACAGACACAUCCUUGUUAAAAGUGUGCGUUACAAAAAAAAAAGAGAAGCUAAACUGUCAUUUGGAGGAUACAGAAGGAUGGCCGGCCCGGACAGUUCAAACAGACUGGCACAUUGGAGUGUGAAUACCCUGAAAACAAUGUUCUAGUGACUGGUGGACAUACAGUAGGCUAUACAGUAUAUGAUAUGAUAUAAUAUAACAUUCUGGUUAAUGUUGAAGCUAUGAGAAGCAUGAACGGCUGUCAAAAUGGUUUACUCUACGAUAUAAUAUUGCAAAAUAUUUUGUAUUUUAAAUGAAGUUUAAAAAAAUGAAAUAAAUGUUGGUUUCAGGAUUUCAAAUCACA